UGUCUCGCUGUGGCCAUUUUACACUUAGGUUCACUGAAAAUAAGACGCCCCUUUCGACUGGACUUCAGCGUGACCUUUCUGGACCGAUUGUUAGUUACAUGAUUCGUUGAAAAAGAAAAGAGACUUGAAGUAGUACCACUGGGUCAGCAUGGACUAUGAUCAGAGAGUUGGGCGAGGUGAUCGCAUAGGUCGCUAUGGCAACACCCACAAUGAUCACAACUUUCGGGACAUGGACUACCGUGCAUAUGAGAUACAGGAUGAGGAGGCAGGAACAGGACAUGAAGCCAGGGAGAAGGGGGAGAGAUUGUACUGCCAUGAUGAGCAGUCAGCAGGUCUACAUGACUUAUCACCAGGUUUUCUACCAGAUCGUCCAGGAUUUCACCAGAGAGGGGACAUUAGAGGGGGUGGUGGAUGUGAGGGGAAAGGCCUCAUGUGGUCCCCUUGCCCUCAGGGACAACCUGAAUUUGCCCAUCCCAUCCUGCAGAAAGAGGAAGAUGGAUCCAGGCGAGAGUUUGAGCAAUUAAGGACUGGUUUGCUGGAAAGAGGCCGGGGGAAAAGUGUAAGAGGCUUUUUGGAAAACAGUGCCCCACAUUCAGGAAGCAUGGAAGGCAACUGGGCUCCUGUUGGUACCCAACAAAGGGAAUUCAGUAUGGGCAGACAGAGAGAGGAGGAUAGGUUCUCUCGUGGGGUGGGAAAGAGGAGGGCUUUUCCAGUGAGGGCAGAAGAGCAAGGAUGUGGAAAUGCUGGCCCCGAUCUGUCUGUUGAGGAACUUGAUCAGAGGGACUAUGACUACCGUGCAGACAUGGACAACAAUCAGAAGCCCAGCAACAUCAUCAUGCUUCGAAUGCUGCCACCUAGUGCCACAGCCAACGAGAUACGGGCACAACUUCAGGAGCAGGGGAUCCAGCCAAGAGAGGUUCGCCUUAUGAGGAACAAAUCUUCAGGUCAGAGCCGAGGAUUCGCCUUCGUCGAGUUUAAUCUCAUACAGGAGGCCACCCGCUGGAUGGAGACCAACCAGGGAAUGCUGUUGAUUCUGGGACAAAGAGUGUCGAUGCACUACAGCGACCCCAAACCGCGUGCCAAUGAAGACUGGCUCUGCAACAAGGUUGUGUGUUGUGGUGUGCAAAACUUUAAAAGGAGAGAAAAGUGCUUCAAAUGCAGUGUGCCUAAAUCAGAGGCUGAGUUAAAGUUGCCACAGUUGCAGAAAGAUUUGCCUGUUGGUCUUCAGAACGAGGGAGCCCAAGGCUUAUUGCCCUUGCCAGCACCUUAUCACUCUUCUGGCACCAGUGUAACUCCAGGACAGUCUACACAGCAGGCAGAUGUUGCCAAUGAUACUCUGAUAUUUAGAAACCUUGGUCCCCAUACCUCAGUGGAAGCCAUUUUGUCUUCUCUGGCUCCUUUUGCCACUCUCUCCCCUUCCAAUGUUCGCCUAAUCAAGGACAAACACACACACCUCAACAGGGGUUUUGCCUUUCUGCAGCUCUCAACGAUAGUGGAGGCAUCUCAGCUGCUCCAGAUCCUGCAGGCACUGCAGCCUGCUCUCUCUAUUGAUGGGAAGACUAUUGUAGUGGAGUUUGCCAAAGGUUCCAAGCGGGAUGUCUUUGUGACGGAUGGUAGUAGAGUGAGUGCCGCUACAGUGGCCAGCACAGCUAUAGCUGCUGCACAGUGGGCUGUGACACAGAACUCUCAGAAUGGAUCGGGUGGCAGCCAGAGUGUAGAUUCAGCUGUGUAUCAGCAGGGGGCAGCAGUAACCUACAGUCAGGAAGGGCAAGAGUACACUGGACCAGCUGCAGCUUUCAAGGCCCAGUCAGACACUAAAGUUGCUGCUUUGCUGACUGCAGGAGCAUCUCUAAAUGGGUCAUAUGCUGGAGGAGCUGCCCCAGCUAUCAUUACAUCUGAGGCAGUGACAUCUGGUGCAGCAGUUGUGCAGCAGACUCUCGCUCAUACACAGGGUCCUCUUAUCCCCACAGCUGCUACCACGCCAUCCACACAGGUCGAGAUAGUGGGAAAACCACAGCCAGCUGCUCUGACUCAACCAGCUACCCCUGGCACUGAACAUGAGCUCAAGCAAUACCCUGUGCCAGAUGUGUCCACAUAUCAGUAUGAUGAAAGCUCUGCCUACUAUUACGACCCCUUCACAGGACUUUACUAUGACCCAAAUUCCCAGUAUUACUUCAACCCUCACACUCAGCAGUACAUGUACUGGGAUGGAGAGAAACACACCUACAUUCCUGCUGCUAGCCAGUCAGCCACUGAAAGCGCUUCAACAAAGGAUGGUGCAGCCUCUUCAGACUCAUUGCUUUCCACCUCUGGAAGCAAGGAAAAAAAAGACAAACCGAAAAAUAAAACUGCUCAACAGAUUGCUAAAGAUAUGGAGCGUUGGGCUAAGAGUCUUAAUAGACAAAAGGAAAACAUGCGCUCUGUUUCUUCGUCUCCUGCUGUGGGUCCUGCAGCACUGCCACCUGGCUACACACGAGCACCUGGCCAGAGUCGCCUUGAUGAGCACAGAGAGUCUGCAAGUGCUGAUGCAGGCUACGCUGUUCUGGAGAAAAAGGGCGCGCUGUCCGAAAGGCCUCAGAGUUUCUUGGAUCAAAUCCGACAAAGUGCAGAACAGUCACCUCCUCAGCAGCUUGGCCUGGUCCCAGCCUACAGUGCAGAAACAGACAGUGAAGAGGAAGGAGGCGAGAAAGAUGAGAAGGAAGGGAGGAUGACGGACUGGGUUAAACUGGCCUGUCUGCUUUGUAGGAGGCAGUUUCCAAGCAAAGAGGCCCUCAUAAGGCAUCAGCAGCUAUCUGAACUACACAAGCAAAACCUGGAACAGAGAAGAGCCCAACUGGAAGCUGUAGGCAAAGAGAGGCUUGUGGAUGGGUCAGAACCUCCGGAUCCUAAGAAGCAGAAGUUUAGCCUCCCUGAUGGAAUUUCAGCCACUAGUCUAGGUGCAAGGAUGCUACAAGGAGGCAUGAAAAGGGGGCUUCUACUGCGCAACAUGCAAAUCGAGUGACUCCAUUUCCCUACCCAGAAAGGACAAAGCUCAGUGUGCAACUCUUAUUAACAUUGUAUAGAUAUAUACCUUUAGAAACCUCUUCAUUUCGAGUGGACAUUACUUACCUCAACAAUGGUAAUAAUUCCACGAACUGAUCCUGUAGCAGUAUAUGUCAAAAUAUUGCACAAAUUGCACCUUUUUGCUUGCUUCCUGAAUGAUGCAGUUUUGAGUUCUCACAUUGUGUGUGUGAUAAACAAGUUUCAUGUAGUUGGGGAAACAUUUGCUGUUUGAAAGUGAAAGAUCAGUACUGAUUAAGUCAGCAAAUGGGAAUUUCUAAUAUUACUGUCUAUGCACCAUAGAAUUUUUAAGUUAAUGCUGUGUGCCUUGUCAUUCAGUGAAUGACUGAUCUGGGCAUAAACUGUGUAUAUAAUAGAAUGAGCACUUUUAUACAAAAGACCAGGCUAAGAAACUGUGGCCUGAACUGGUGAAGGUCACAUUUACUGACAUUGUAUUGAUAAAGUGUCUCUGUUUAUCAUAUAGCAGGUAUGAACUAACAGUGUAAUACACGUGUACCUUGGGAGAAAUUUAUUUUAUAUUUCUGUAUUUGACCAUCAAUGUGACUGUGUUUCAUUAAGCUUGUGUAAAUGAAUUCUAAAUAACACAUUUUCACCUAUGUUGACUGAA